CCGCGAAACAGCUCGGCCAUUUUGACGAACACUGGUCGAAAUUCACCGAUCAGAAAAAGCACAAUAUACAAAUUAUUGCAGGUACUGAGAAAGAAUUCUAAUUAGUUUUAGUUGAACGUAUACCUAAAUACUGUCCUGCAGAGUCACAAGACUAAUUUUAUGGGAUUAUUCGUAAACCAUGGAUAACACGGAAGGUUGCGAAGUAACUGAAGUAUCCGUCGGUAUUGCCGAAGCAGGCAACAUCGAUAUGCACAACGUUGCCGAGGGGUUGCCGAAUGGUGCCGACGAUACAAACUAUAAUUCCACCGCAGACCACUCGAAUGAAAACAGUGCUGAUGGACACGAAGGAAUCAGCAAUUCUUCAGUAUCUGCAGACGAAGUUUUUCAUCCACACCCAGUUGGAAUUAUAACAACUGUACAGGGAGGCAGGGCAACUAGACUGGUUGCCAUUGUGCAGGAUUCUCAUGCACAUCUUGUAGAUAAUGUGGACGGACUGAAAACUCCGGCUACACCGUGCACUCCAGGGACUCCGUCCGGGGAUAAACGUCAACAUUACAGCUGGGAUGAGUUGGUUAAUGCGCCCAAUGGAGUUCUGCCGGUGCGAUGUCGAAAUAUCAGUGCCGAGCUACACAAAUCAAAGCUUGGAUCUGGGGGUAAGGGACGCUGCAUCAGAUUCCAAGAGAAUUGGUACACGCCAUCGGAGUUUGAAAAUUACUGUGGUAGAGGAAGCAGCAAAGAUUGGAAGAGGAGCAUUCGCUAUGGAGGCAGGACCUUAAAUUGUUUGAUAGAGGAGGGCAUAUUAACCCCUCAUGCUGCGUCUUGUACAUGUGGAGCCUGUUGUGAUGACGAGUCAGUGGAGACAUCCCAAUCUUCUGGCCCAGUGCGACUCUUUGUGCCAUAUAAAAGACGCAGACGCAAUGAGAGUGAUAGCCUGCCACCAACGCCCACAUUGAAGAAGAAGAUGAAACUCAAAGAUGACCCUGAAGAGACUCGUUCAAUGAGUUUAGACAGCACUGCUAGUCAAUUGGAGGUUGCUAGUGCUAACCUAGUGCUGAGCCCCAUGCCUCCAAGCACACCCAAAAUAACUGGUACUAGUGACCUUGAUCAGCAACACUGGUGGCAUCUAGAAGAGAUGGCCAAUCAGCUUGCACAGAGUGUACAACAAUUGAAGACAAUGAUCGAGCAGGCCAAGGCCCAAUCAGCAGCCAGUAGAGAUGCAGCCAUCUUGAACAGCAAGAUCAUGUUUGAUGCUGAGAAAAAAGAGGCUUUAUCACAGAUUCGCUUGGAAGCACAAAUGCAGUUUUCUAGAGCGUUGUUAGAGGCGAGAGCAGAAAAGGAUAGUGCUGUAGCCCAGGCUCUGGCUCAGGCUAGAGCAGAUAAGAUGGAAGCCGUAGCCAAUGCAAAGACAACACAUCUUAUAAAGGCAUGUGUGAACUGUGGCCGUGAAGCUCUGUGUGAGUGUAUGGGAUGUCAGUCUGUGUCCUACUGUAGUAGUUUCUGUCAGAGGAAGGAUUGGGUUACACAUCAGCACAGCUGUGGGCAAGGAGUUCUCUCUGCCACCCGUAUAUGCCAAGAUGACAACGAGGAAGAUGGAGAUGGUGAAGAAAGUACGGCGAUUGAGAAGGACAAAGAUUCAGACGAACAGUGAUUGAAGAUUCAUGGCUGGAAUAUUUUUGGAUGAAAUAUGUUUUACAUUUUAUGUACAUAUUCUAACUUAUCGUGACUGCAAUUGUAUGAGUUGGUGUGGCAUUACGUCAAGCUUUCACGUCUAGGUUUGUACCGGAAUAUCCACAUAGCUCCAGAACACAGGGCAAUAGCACUCUACAGUGCAGUGGACUUUAGUUAACCACAUUACUGUUUCUGAGCAAUGUUAAAGGUAAGAGCACCAGGCAUUUCCUUCUUGGCAAUCUCUGGUGUUUCUGUUCAGCAGAUUAUGGGCUUUAGGUCCUGGUCAUGACACUAGUGUGCUUAAAGGCAGUG